CUUUAACAAUUGCGCUACACAGGGUUUUCUCGUUGACUUAUAUCAGAGAGAGUAGAAUAAAUGAAAGAUAGCGUUUCUAACCCACUUCUUUAUUGGUGUAUUGAACAGACAAAAAAUUAUUCGUUCGUUAACAUCACAAAUUUCACUACAUCAUGGAAAGAUGGAUUAGCAUUUUGUGCUUUACUCCAUAAAUAUUUUCCUGACCUCAUAGACAUUUCUACGCUGAAAGCUGAAAACGCCGUCAGAAACCUCGAACUAGUCAGUUUGUCUCUAUAAUAUAUAAAUUUGCGUAGGCAUUUUUUGUUGCGGAAACUAAAUUAGAUGUACCGGUGCUUUUAAAUUCACAGUCUUUGGUAUCUGAAGGAAAUGUAGAUGAAGAGCUGGUUGUAGACUACAUCUCAAAACUGUAUAAAGCAAUAACUUGUAAAUGCCAGGGUAAUUUUUAAUUACGUUUAUAUCAAAGAUUCAUAGAACAAAUGUGGUCGAAUACAUCUGUUGAUAAACAGCUAUCAUUAUUGUAUGAUGAAGAAGUGGCUCUUCCUUCAUGCUGUUUGUGUGGGCAAAGCAUUUUUCGUAUGGAAGAAUUGACUGUUUUCAAUAAGAAGUACCAUCGAAGUUGCUAUCGGGAUAACCAACUGAAUUACCUUAAAGAGCGAAACCGAACCCUUAAAGUUUCGAUUGAAUAUGAGAACUUGAAGGCUAUCGAUUCUUCUAGUGCAGAGAAGCUUUCUUCUGACUCUUUACCGACCUCUACAAAGGUGGACUCAUCUUUUAUUCUCAUUCGUCCAGAACAACUGUCUGAUUGUGACAGUAUUGGGAAAAAUCAGCGGACUCAAAGAGCUCCUUCUAGACCACCAUUACCAGACAUUUUAAAUAACUAUGCGUACAAACAAAAUGGUUUUACAAAAAAGAAGCCUAAUAAUGAAACUAGCCGGAAACCUUUUGAAACGAAUGACCGAUUGAAUCUUUCCCAAGUCCCCGUAUCGUAUCCUGAUUCAUUGAAUCCAUUUGCGGAUGAUUCACCUUGUGACUCUAAUGAUAAAUUAAACUGCACUCAAAAGCCCUAUAAUCCAUUCGAUGAUGACGAACUACCUGCCUUAGAUACGAAAAUUACUGAUAAUGUGACUCCCACUUCCUCUAACACAGUGGAUUUACAUGACUCCCCAUUUUCCGCAACAGAGCCUGAUAGUAACGUUCAUACGCAUUUAUCCGAAAAAAGUAAUCCUAUUUACUGUGUUGAGUGUACAGUGUCAGAUAAGUCACAAGACUUGCGAAAUGCUCACUCGUCAAUAUGUGAUUUGUCCAGCUUACUAGACUAUGGCUGUUUGUACAAACCGCAGUCCUCUUAUUCAGUGACUGAUCAUGCUGAUGAAAUGCAUAAGAAAACUACCAGGUCAACCACUACCAAAAGACCAGCCCCACCUAUUCCUGUUUUAUGCUGGCGUGAAGUCAGAAGUGAUCGGCGGAGUGAUUUUGUUCCAUAUUCUGAAUUGCACAGAAAACUGUAUGAAGUUAACAACGAGCUUUCCAAACUAGAAUUACAAGCUCGAAGUAUACAGACAAGAAUUAAAGAGAUGUCUGAAAAGGAUCGAAACGUCAAAGAAUUGCUGAAUCAAUGGUUGCAUACGGUGCAAAUGAAGGAUAAUCUUUUUAAAAAGGAAUCAGAGUUACUUCAGAGGCUUCGUUGUCAAGAAUUAGAAGAUCGGCAUGCAGAGUUGGAGUAUGAGCUACGAAUGCUAUUGGCUAAACAAGAUAUCCUUAAAACCAAAGAAGAAAAAGCACGAGAAGAAGAAUUAAUCGCUGAUUUAAUAUAUAUUGUGGAUAAAAGAGCUGAACUUGUAGAAUCUGCUGAAAAUGUAAAAGUCAAGGUUAGAGGUAGGUCAUCAACCCGAAAAACUCUGGAAAAUAAAUUUAAAAAAUUGUGCCUGACUAUGAGUAAUGCCAGUCUAUUACACAAAGGAUCAUCUGCACACAGUUAUUCAACAAGAAAAGAUCGAAAAUCAAGAGCAUCUUCUAUAUUUCGUUUCAAGAACAAUUAA